AUCGGCCCGUUGGACGUGCCUUAGGCCUUAGCAAUCGCUCUCCCCCACUCACACACUUUUAAGCAAUCGCUCUCCCCUCCCGUCUCGCGCCUCACCACCGGCGACCUCACCGCCGGCGGCGCGGCGCGGCAAACCGGGCCCUUCUUCCACCGCAAUCGUUUUUCGCCUGGCGGCGUCUGCAACCUCCUCUACCCGCGCGGGUGGAGAUCCGUCAUCCCGUUUCUACUUUCGCCGCGCGCAGCACCAAUCCCCUUGGGCCUUGGGUUUGAAGAAGGAUCAGGAUCUUCGUUCAUCCGUGGAGACAUUUCCUCUCCCUACGUUUGAUGCAUCUUUUUGUGAUGGACCACUCCUCUCAGUUCAGUGGUUAUGGAGCCUCCCAUGAAGCAUAAGCCCAGUGCUGUGCCAAUCAACACUUCAGAGGAGGAAGUGGGGUUACAAGAUAGAAAUACUGAGUUAGUCAAGCGCAGGAAGACUGGAUUUUCAGGGUCCAUUGUCCAACCACAACAGGAAAUUGAAGUCUCUGCCAUGGAGAACAAUGUUCCCGAUGGUCUUCCAGUUGAAGUUUCUACUGGCAACGAUCCCAUGGAUGUACUCACUGAUUGUGCAGUGCAAAGCUCUGGUGAAGCGAAUAGUCGCAGCGAGGGGCGCGUUCGUAGUAUCUCAUUUACAGGUUAUACAGUUAAUGGGCCAGCAAGGUUGAGGUUGCCAAAAAUAUGCGCUGCAUUUGGCUGGAAAGAACCAUCAUUUGACUUCGAAAAGCAAGGACCUCCUCACAACAUAUUGUUCACUUGCAAGGUGACUGUCCGCUUAGAGGGACUUGUCAACACUGUCAUAGAGUGCUUCGGUGACCCCAAGCCUCAAAAGAAAGCCGCACAAGACCAUGCUGCUCAAGGGGCCUUGUGGUGCCUUGAGCGAUUUGGACAUAUCAAGCAAUCUUCGGAUGCGUAGGCACCAUCCCAAGGAGGGCGUCCGCCAGCCCUUAUGCUGCUCUACAACCCUUGUUUCCGUUGCAAUAUGUACAUUGCUCUUUUAACCUAGGUCAGGUGGUAUAAUUGUUCUUUCAUUGAUGCUUAGACAUUGUCAUCGUGUUGUGGCAAAACAUCAGCAUCAGCCUAGCAUCAGCCUGUGGAUCCCUCCCCGGGAUUAGUAACUUCUGGUUUGUACAUGGUUAAACUUCUUUCCUGGGGUGCAUAUCA